CCUACCAACGUGUUUUGUGCGCGUCAGAGAAAUUUAGUAAGGUUAUCGUAAAUAGUGAUCAAUAAUUGUUUAUCUCAAGAUAAAUACAAUUAUGUUAUGCGAAUCGUUGAAGUCGUUCAAUCGUUGUGAUGACUGCUUCUGUUGAGUCUGUUGUGUACUUAGUACUCGUUGCUCUGUUGUGGGGUGCUACCAACCCGUUGAUCAAAAAAGGAUCCGAAGGCUUGCAGUACGUCAAAGCAAGUUCACCGUGGGGACAAUUUGCUAAAGAAGUUGUAUUUCUCGUCACAACCUUGAAGUAUAUAAUACCAUUUAUAAUCAAUCAGUGUGGUUCCGUUCUUUACUUUUUCGCACUUCAAAGUACAGACUUGUCUCUGGCUGUACCGGUUUCAAACUCACUCACAUUUGUAUUCACCGCAAUUACUGGAUGGUUUUUGGGCGAAGAAAAAUCUCACAGAAAUACCUAUAUUGGCAUGGUACUGAUAUUAGUUGGAAUAACGCUAUGCUGCCUCGACAAAUUGGAUGCUUCUGUUCAACAACUGAAAUAACAUCCCAAUGUCGAUGACAAUAGUUUAUUCCUAAUACCAACGACAUAACAACCAGUCAAUAUGAGGACCAGUAGAAGUCUUGGGCGCAUGGAAUCGACUGAGCAUCAGAGAAGUCUCGGGGCGUUGGACACAAUCAUGGUUCUUCCAUGGAGACGUGUGCAGUAUCCAUCGAUUCCUGUCCGGGCUAGAACUGCUGGUUAGUUUAUACUCCAACUAUAUUGUGAAGAGUGUUGGAUAAUUCUGUGACUUUAUUCUGGUGUUGAUAAUCAACAUUGUUGCUUCUUGUUCGAAGCAUUUUAAGUAAAUGAAAAAUACUGAACAAUAAAUUGUUGAUUCAUGGAUUCUUCAAAACUUGUAACUAUUUUUCCCUACCUCUGAUAGUCGUAUAGAUAUUAAUUUUGUUACUUGAACUCCAAAAUAUCGAACACUCUUAUUAGUUUUCUGUAGGUAUUUUGCUAGCUGCUUUAUCAAUCAUUGUAUAGCUGUAAUAUAUGGGCAGCAAUGUAAAAAAUCUGAAUUAGUUAGUGGUAUUAGGCUGUGAUCUUAGUUUUGAUCAGCAUUACUUGUGACACGUGACGAGAAGUUGACUAGCUGGAAUUACGUUUAUUUAUUUUUCAAUUAUAUCAUAUAUAGUGUUACAAAGUAUAACUUGGUUCCGAGCGCAAUCCUCCCUGUUUAUUUUCAACACUCUUCGUACCAUUAGCAGUACUAUCAGCUUAGAUUAUUAAUUAUACGUAAUUUUAACACUUGAUCAUUACACUUCAAUGGUUAUAGUAUUUACAUACAAAUUUAUUGGAUUUCUGUUCUCUUCUAUAUAUACAGACACGCACUUAGCACCGAUCCGAUUCAAAAGAAACCAAUAUAUUUUGAAGAUGUUCGAAAUUUCAUUCGCUAGUAAAUCGAAGCAUACAAAUUUCGGUAUAAAAACGUCUGCAGAGUAAAAUCUUGUUCGUUACUGCAUUGUGUAGCAUCUGAAUGAUGAGGGAAAUUACAAUUUCGAUGAUGAUAAAUUACAUGAUUAUACUGUUACACUAAACGGUAAGUUAAUAAA